GGUGACCGCGCAGCGCCCUCUGUGCGUCAGCGCGCCCGCGGUCGUGGCGGCCCGGCCGCGUCGGCGGGGGCGCUGCGCUCGGCUAUGGGGCUUUCCAAAAGCAAACGCAAGCCCGGGAAAGGUGAGGAGUCAAAGAACGAGAGGUCGAUGGACAGGCCUUGCCAGGAGCCUGAGAAGCCCCGAGACGUGAAGCCUGCAGAGAGCUUACUUCAGAAGAAAGAGGCGGCCGAACGGCAGUGGCCUUCAUCUGAAGUCGAAGAGAAACCUGACAUCAAGUCAGAAAAGAAGGUUGCCGUCCCACAGAUCGUCAUCACCAAGGCCUCAAAGGAGACUCUGGUCAGCACUGGUUCCGUAGCGAGCCAAGAGCAGAGGACCAUUUGGGAGCGAGCUGCCUGGGGCCCCUACUACCGACACAGGAACCCCAGUACGGUAGAUGCCUAUACUGUACAGACCACAGAGUAAACAAGCACCCAGCAGCUGGGGUUACUCCCUGUGCUCUGAGUCUCAGUGGUGGAGGCAGAAGGGCCGCCCUGUCCUGUGGAAGCCUGCUGGUGCCCCUCCAGUAAGUGAUGUCCCCGUGUGAGCACCGUGAUCUCACCUUCUCCAGAGCCACCCACAGCUUAGCAGAGGGCAGGAGUGACUGGCUCCGAGAGUGAGCUUGUGUAAUAACUGAAAAGGUGGGCAUGGCCCUAUUGGACCAGCUGGCUAUGUAGAGUGAAGGACACCUCUCUGACUCUCUGUGGGCCCUUGUGAGGCAGCAUGCUGAGUGUGCUCAGUGAACCACACGCCCCCACACUUGGACAAAAGGCCAGACUCUGAGGACUAAAGCUUAAGGUCUUAGGUCCCAGAACAGGGAUGUGCACGGUCACCUUGGAGGGUCCAAGGGCUCCUAGCUUGAGUAUAACCUGAUCAGAAGAAGGGGUGGGUGGAGGCAGCUGUGGCUCUUAGGAUUUGGCAGUGGCUCUGUUGGAGCUGCCCUGGAAGAGGAGAGUUGAACUGAGGACCUGCGUCUUCCUGGCUGUGGAUGAGGGCGCUGGGUGCUGAGGGGCCAUUCAGGGGACCCCCAGCCUCUGCUGUUCCAUCCUUGCCAGCAGCUCUUGGGUCAGGGUCUGCUCUCCUCUGGUGUGGCUGGAGAGCGUGCCCUGCCCUGUUGAGGCCACCCAUUUGGCCUGGAGACAGUGUGUAUCAGCUUCCUGCUUCCAGCUUUACUGACACGUUGUUAACAUCAUUACUUCUACUUGUUUAACUACUUGUGACUGCCACUACUAGAUACCUAUAUAGAAGAAUCGAGCCCAUACAGAGGUGAACUUGGCCCCACAGGGUCUGCAUGACUACUCUUCUCCAUAAAAUUUCUAGUAGCUUUUGCAAUUCUAUUAUUUGACCUAGAAACUGCUUUUCUCAUACCCCUGUCUUGAGCAUCUCAAAUAAUCUAAAAGCUAUACUUAACCAUGGUGUUAAUUCUAGUCUCAUUAGCUAUUAGCUUAGCUUAUCAGAAUUCAAAUAUGGCUAGAAUGAACUAAGUAUAUUUGUU